GGAGGCUGGUGCUGACGGCUCUGCUCUCCCAGUGCCCUCAGGCCUGGCUCAGCAGCUCCGGAGCGGGAGCUGGCUUUAACACUUGUCUGCAUUCUCUUCCAGUGUCCAAGAUGUAUGCAGUGUGACACCAAGUUUGACUUUAUCACCAGGAAGCACCACUGCCGCCGGUGCGGGAGGUGCUUCUGCGACAGGUGCUGCAGUGAGAAGGUGCCGCUGCGGCGCAUGUGCUUUGUGGACCCCGUGCGCCAGUGCGCCGCGUGCGCCCUGCUGUCCCACCGGGAGGCGGAGUUCUACGACAAGCAGCUGAAGGUGCUCCUGAGCGGAGCCACUUUCCACGUAACGCUGGGAAAUUCAGAGAAAUCCGAAACUAUGGUUUGCCGUCUUUCCAACAACCAGAGGUACUUGAUUCUGGGUGGGGACAGCCACCAUGAAAUUGAAAUCGCCAACAUCUCCACGGUGCAGAUUGUUACCGAAGGCUUCGCUCCUGGAGCAGGCAGUGCUCGGGUCACAGGCAUGUGCCUGCAGUACACAGUGCCGGGGGCGGAGGGCACAACCCAGCUGCGGCUGAUGGCCGGAGAGGAUGCGAAUGCCAGCAAGAGGCAGGCGACCGCAUGGCUGGCGGCCAUGCACAAGGCUGCCAAGCUCCUCUAUGAAUCUCGGGACCAAUAGCUAACUCCACGUGUGGAGCAGAGCUCAGCGGGCAUCUGGUCACCGAUCCAGCAGCUUGCCCCUGCCUGAGCACCACAGGGCCUUGUCCUGGGAAAUGCAACUCAAGUAUCUGGGACAAGCAAAUGUCCACUUACCUAGUGCAAUAUGUUCACAGUUCACUAAUGCUAUAAGCAGCUUCACAGCCUUCAGAGUUGUGUAUUACAUUGUUGGUACUCAAUGAAGAGAGCAGAUAGAACUCACUACUGCUAAACCAUUUCCAGGGUAAUCUGCACCUUGAGGUUUAGGGAAAGUUGUGGCCUACCCAUGUUUCUGCCUGCUGGUGGGGCACGCAAGGCUCUGAUCGCAGGGCAGCCUGCCUGUCUUCACCGGCCCGUUUACCACACUUGCCUUAUUAGCCUGUGCGCUGGCUGCCCGGAUUUCGGCCAGUGGACGGUCCUUUGACAUGUCAGCAAGCAGAAGCCACCAGCGGACUUUUCUACUUUUUACUUACGAUUUCACUUUAUUAGGAUGACUGUACAGCAAUUUGUACAUAAAGCGUACAAUUAAAACCUAUUUUGAAA